UACCUGCUGUUGUUUUGUCCCGGCAGGAUGUUGGCUUCGAGGGCGUUCAGCCUCGUGGGGAAGAGAGCCAUUUCCACCUCCAUCUGCGUGAGGGCGCACGGACAUGGUGCAGCUGGCGUCGUCAAAGCAGAGGAUUUCAGCCUCCCAGCCUACGUCGACCGUCGUGACGUUCCCCUGCCUGAAGUGGCCUUUGUAAGGGAUCUCUCGGCUCAGCAGAAGGCGCUGAAGGAGAAGGAAAAGGCGUCUUGGACUGCUCUGUCCGUCGAUGAGAAAGUUGAACUGUAUCGUAUCAAAUUUAACGAGAGCUACGCGGAAAUGAACAGAGGCUCAAACGAAUGGAAGACCGUCCUCGGUGGAGUGCUGUUCUUUCUUGGCAUAACUGGUCUCAUCCUCAUUUGGCAGAAACAUUACAUGUACGGCCCUGUUCCGCACACCUUCUCUGACGAGUGGCUGUCGAUGCAGACGAAGAGGAUGUUGGACAUGCGGAUUAAUCCCGUGGAGGGCAUCUCUUCCCAGUGGGAUUUUGAGAAGAACGAGUGGAAGAAAUGAAGCAACUCAGUGGAACCCGCUCUGCUUGAACAUGAAAUGAUUCCAUCACCUGCGUGUGACCUCGUUGCUUAUGUACUGGAACAACCUCUCCACCUACAUAGAUGCUAAUAAACGUCUGGUUAACUUGAAA